UGUAUACCGGAAACAGUAUGGCUGAUAUUUGUUUACAUGUUUUGACAAGUAAACAAGAUUUUGGCUCUAUUUAUUUUCCACACUUACUUAAGGAAGCAUUAUAGUGAACAUAUCGACAAGGAUCAUAUAUUUGCUAUUAAGCACGUACGUAUGCUGUAGUUUUAUACCUGACUGACAAAAUAUCUGAGCUAGAGCAGUAUUUGUAUAUUGGUACAAAGUUUUCCAUUUUAGAUAUAUUAUUUAAACACACAAAAUGGUAAAAAUACAUCUCAAGAAAGGCGACGAAAGUCAGUUUUUAUAUGAAACACCAGUUGACACCCCUGUAGAUGAUGUUAUUAAAGAUGUAACUUGUAUAUAUAAUGGUAGAUUAAAAGUUCAAAGACUCUGUGCAGAUAUAGAAGAUUUAAGUUUACAUGGUAUAGUUUUACCACCUAACAUGCAGGGUUUAACAGAUGAACAAAUUAUUGCGUUAAAGUUACACGAUGAAUGGGCUGAUAAAUGUAUACCUAGUGGUGGGGCUAUAGAUACGAAAGAUAAAUAUGGUAGAAGAAAUGGAAAAGCACCUAAUAAACAAAUGCAGGAAGUGUUAAAUAAAACAAUUCAAGCAGCUAAAGAUAUGAUUUCUAAGAAAAAGGUUGAUGCAAAUGUUCCAGUGACACAAGCCACUAUAACAGAAGCUAUAAGUAUAUUAAAAGGUGCUGUAACUAUAGUUUAUCCUAUGGGUUUACCACCACAUGAUACAGUUAGACAUGAACUAGAAAAUACAGAAGAUUUGUCUGGUACACAGGCAUCAACAGAAAUUAUCGAAGAACCCAAUGCUUCUUUAUGGUGGGCAGGAAAAGAAAUCCUAAGAGGCAAAAAAUUGUCUGAUUUUGUUGGCAAAAAUGAUAAAACCAAAAUUGUAGCAAAGAUUCAAAAGAAAGGACAAGGGGCUCCAAGUAGAGAACCUGUAGUUAGCGAAGAAGAACAGAAAAAGAUGAUGGCAUAUUAUUAUAAAAAACAGGAAGCAAUGAAGAAAUUAGAAGCUGAUAGCGAGGAUUCAUAUCUUGACGCUGCCUGGGCUGACAGUAACCAUUUAAAAAGACAAUUCCAUGGGAUAAGCAAUUUAAAAUUCAGAUAAUAAUUACAUUCUUCCAUUCAACCAUCCAUCAAAUAAACAAUGAUUUUGAACAGUUACCUGUAUUUGCAACCUAAGGAACUGCUUUGUUUUAUUUUCAUAAUUUGUAAAAUGUAUUAUCAAUUUUGUGUUCAGUCAUUUCUUAAUCAAAGUGUAGAUAAUUAAUAAAGUGCUCUAUUCUAUAAACGCUAUAUCUUCAUUUCAGAUUUUUAUAGAAACAGUUUUCUUUUAAAUACCAUAAACAAAUUGAUAUACAUGUAUCUAUAUCACUGAUGAUGAAAUUAUAUAUCACAUAUCAAUUAUUGUGAAAUUAUAUUUCAUGUCUGCUAUUUCACAAAAAUGAAAGAUAAUGAAUAUAAAGUGUUUUUCUGCAUUUUGGGUAAAGAGCACCCCAUUCUUAGUUCAUACUAGACUUGUGUUGCUGAUAUUUUAUCUUUCUGGUUAUAUUCCUUAUAUUAGCAUUAUGAUGAAUUGUUAUUUAUUUAUCUUGUUUUUAUGUAAAAAUAAAACUAUUUACUACUGAAUGAA